AUUAACUUAUUUUAUUUAUCAUUAAAUGGCCCAUUGCAUGGAAACUUAUUUUAUCCUUUAAUGGAAUGCUUGCAAGGAUUUUUUUUUCUUAUAAAGUCAAUUCUGUAAUGUGUAAUUUUAAAAUUAUUUUGGCUAUGGACAAUACAUCUGGGACUCUACAUUGAUAAAGAGACAGUUCAUAAUUGUGGAAUUACUAAUCCCUUGAAGUUAUAACAUACACAGUUUGGAUAAAGAAAAUGGCUAAAAUAAAACUAUUUAAAAGAAUGCGGUCCAACUCACAGCCAAAGUCUGAUGAACCUAAUCAGCCGAAGUCUGAGCUAGAGAAGUCUAAGAACACAGACUCUGUACCCACAAUAACAGCCGGACAACUUGAUCUCUCAGAUAAAGACCCAAAGAAGUCCAUAAAGGGUAAAAUUGGGGGCACGAAACCGGUUGAAAAGAGCCGCAGCAAGAAGUUAACAAAAUGGACUUCUGGCUUUAGGUCUAAAAAAGCAGAACAGUCCAAUUCUCAAUUCUACCUUGACGAUCCUGAUGCUGACCUGGUAACCAAGGCAACGGGAUCCAACGGAGGCAUGCAGGAGAAACGCAACAAAUCUCAGCCAGACGGCACCAUACAAUACAUCGUAGAAGUUCAGGACACGCUGGAAAAAAUAGCCGCUCACUUUGACACAACCCCUUCAGAGUUGAAGAAACUCAACAAGCUGUUCUCAUCAACAAUAUUUCCUGGACAGGUCCUCUUCAUCCGAGACAAGGACUUUCAGCCCCAAUCACAGUCUGUGUCAUCGAAUGAGGAAUCAGGCAAUGCCUCCCAGUCUGACAGUGUGUUUGGUAGUCCUGACAACAAGCCAAAAAUGGAUGUUCCGCUGGUGAAAGCCAGUAAUACCUCCCCCACAAAGGUGCCAGGCCACGCCCACCGGCAGACCCCUGUCAACUCUCCAAAAACUUUUGAUAUCGAAGAGGUGAUGCCCCCACACAAGCUGACAGAGGAUGAGGUACAGCAGCUGGACCAGGACUGCAUGGAGAGGUUCAUCAAACUCCAGGUCAAGCAUAUCACAGACGGACAGAUGAAACGUCGAGAAGCUUCAAAGGGAGUCGUCAAAGGGACAUUGCUGGUGACCCCUAAUGCAGUGAUGUUUGACCCGGAUGUGUCUGACCCCCUCGUUGUUGAGCAUGGGACAGAGAAGUACGGGAUGAUUGCACCCAUGGACAUGAUCAUCAGUGCGGCCAUGUACCACGAUAUUGCAGCCAUGAAAAUGAGAGGCAAGAAAAUGGAGGAUGGCAGCACCUUUCAGCCAGAGGUCUACCAUGACAUGUCUUGUCCCCUCGCUAAGGAGAAACUGCAUGCGUCGCAGGUGAGCGAACAAUCCAAGUACAGCUCCAUGACUCCGGACAACAUCAAGACCAUUCUGCAAAAUCCGCUCUCAAGGGCUGACAGCGUCUGUAGUUGUGGCCAUGGGGCUAGGAACGAUGAUUUGGUCUUUGAAGCAGACGAUAUCAUUGAUGGUAAGGUGGGAAAUGAUCAAGAGGAUGAAUCAGUCCAUGGUAUUGUACCAGAGGAAGGUAGGCAGGAUGAUGUCAAAGAGGUUGAUAGAGACACUGAUGACAUGAGUGCAAUAUACACAGAAAACAGAGCUGAGAACACAGAUGUUUUUGGAUUGGGACUUGAGUGUGAUAAUAUGGAAAAAGACUUUGUCGCUGCUGCAAAAGCUAGUCCAAGGUCAGGUAAAGGUCAGAAAAAAUUAUCGGUGUCGUUUUCUAUCCCAGAGAGUGAUGAUAUCACUGCAUCUAUUAAAAAGUUAGAGGGAGACUUGGAAUUGACAAAAAUUAACGAGUGUCAGUUUAAAGAAACUGAAAAAGAUUUAAUAGACUUCGAAGUCUGGAGCAAAAACUUGGGUACAGGUAUUGCUGAGGAAAGUUCGCCAAAUGGUGAGACACGUAUCGGAAGUAUUGUGUAUUUGCCUAUGAUGGAAGACAGAACAGGACAAGUUACGGUUCAGUCAGUGGAGAAAACACAGGAAACCCUCUCAAAACUCAGUGUGGACGAGUUCAGUGUAAUUUCAAAGUCAGACUCAGAUAUUAGCAGUGCAGUUGGUGAGAACGCAAAAACGGACAACAAAGACAUUGAAAAGGUCCGAUCCCCAUCGACAAGUUCUCUUGGACAGUUCAGUCCUACGCCCCACCUUAAUGCUUUUGUGAAUUACGCUUCAGGAUUCUUUCAAAGACAUGCCUCUGACAGCAGCAUCAAGGACUUGAAAGACGUGAUAAUGGACACGUUCAGUGAUUCAAAACAAAGCCCUGAAUCCAAGACAGAGACUGAAGGUAGAUUGAAGGAUUCCACAAGUGUUGCCAGAUCGGACAUCCCUUCGAUAUCUGCUGCCCCCAUGGGCAGAAGACGUGGCAAGCUGAGUCGUCAUGGUGAUGUAGCUGUGGAGAGUGCCGUGCCUAAAGACGAGAAGUCGGAGUUAUUCAGUACUGAUUACUCAAAGUUUGUAACCAAGGCGGCCUCAUACCAUGACCCGCCCCUGUACCUGUGUCUGCGCCUCGGCAACCCACAGAACAAGAACGUGCUGCCACACAACUACACGAUAGAGUCGUAUGGGAGACGCAAGAAACGCUCCGAGUACUGGUUCUCUAUUCCGAGAGAAAAAGUGGACCACCUGUACGCGUUCUUCGUUCAGUGGACGCCCGAGAUCUAUGGAGACGAGGAGGAGAUAACUCCAGAGAAACGUGGCUUUGUUGUCAUUAACGACAAAGAUAUAGACAGUGAGGAUAUCAACUUGCUGGACUCCUCGUUCCAGAAAGACUGGGAGUUUAUCUGCAAGAAAGAAAUGAACGAGAUUAUCAGCCAGAGUGAGGCCCUAAAGCGUCGUUCCAUAGUGUUUGAGGAGCCCAUACCGCUUCCAGAACUUAUCGGCGACACAAAAAUACUCACAGAGGCGUAUGUAGAACAGCUGAGCCAAGUGAUGCCAGGUCGGACGAUAGGCUAUAACUGGACGCUGAUCUAUAGUACUGAUAAACAUGGUUUUUCCUUGCACACUUUGUACCGAUUCAUGGCUGGUCUGGACAGCCCAAUACUGCUCAUCGUCAAGGAUACAAAUAAUGUUGUGUUUGGAGCACUGACGUCAUGUGAGCUCAAACAUAGCGAGGCUUUCUACGGCACAGGGGAGACGUACCUGUUCACAUUCCAUCCUGACUUCCGGGUGUUCAACUGGACAGGAGAGAACAACUUCUUCAUCAAAGGAAACCAGGACAGUCUGAGCAUAGGCGCUAGCCAGGGCCAGUUUGGUCUGUGGUUUGAUGAAGACCUGUAUCAUGGACGCACCAACUGCUGUGAAACCUUCGACAAUGACAUCCUCACACUUGCAGAGGACUUUGUUGUUAAGGAAUUUGAGGCAUGGGCCUUUAUCAGCGACUGAGUGACUGUGUGGGGUUGAGGACAGAAGUGAUAGAUCAUCAGUGGGUAGAGUUUUUGAUGUCUGUAUCAUUGCUUCCUGGACAAAAUGGUUUAUUCUCAAUGUUUUAAAGAGGAUCUUCAGAGUAACUCGCCCCUUGUUUCAUAAUGUCACCAAGCUCUUCAGUUUUGUUAACCAGGUUUUUCGAAGAAAAAAACUGGUAAUUAGAAAUUGCGAAUGUCGGCGGGCGGGCUGGUGGGCUGGCGGGCGGGCAGAACAAGCUUGUCCGGGCCAUAACUCUGUCGUUCGUAGUCAGAUUUUAAAAUCAUUUGGCACAUUUGUUCACCAUCAUCAGACGGUGUGGCGCGCGAAAAAAUGACGUCGAUAUCUCAAAGGUCAAGGUCACAUUUUGAGUUUGAAGGUCAAAAAUGGCCAUAAAUGAGUUUGUCCUGGACAUUACUUUUUGAUUCAUUGAGAUUUUAAAAUCAUUUGGCACAUUUUUUCACCAUCACUAGUUGGUAUGUCGCGUGAAAGAAUCACGUCGAUAUCUCCAAGGUCAAAGUCACAAUUUGAGUUUGAAUGUCAAAAAUGGCCAUAAAUGAGCUUGUCUGGGCCCUUACUAUGUCAUUCAUUGUGACAUUUUAAAAUCAUUUGGCACAUUUGUCCACCAUUAUUUGACGGUGUGUCGCACGAAAGAAUUACGUCAAUAUCUCCAAGGUCAAGGUCGCCAUAACUAAAAAUAGAUAGAUUUUGAAACAACUAUGUAACUAUGAAAGGAUGAUAACUCAAGAACGCUUAGGCCUAGGAUCAUGAAACUUCAUAGCUACAUUGAUCAUGACUGGCAGAUGACCCCUAUUGAUUUUCAGGUCACUAGGUCAACGGUCAAGGUCACAGUGACAAAAAACAUAUUCACACAAUGGAUUCCACUACAACUGACAGCCCAUAUGGGGGGCAUGCAUGUUUUACAACAUUUGAUUUUCAGGUCACUAGGUCAAAGGUCAAGGUCACAGUGACUCGAAACAGUAAAAUGGAUUCCGGAUGAUAACUCAAGAAUGCUUACACCUAGGAUCAUGAAACGUCAUAGGAACAUUGAUCAUGACUGGCAGAUGAGCCCUAUUGAUUUUCAAGUCACUAGGUCAACGGUCAAGGUCACAGUGACCCGAAACAGUAAAAUGGUUUCCGAAUGAUAACUCAAGAAUGCUUACACCUAUGAUCAUGAAACUUCAUAGGUACAUUGAUCAUGACUGGCAGAUGACCCGUAUCAAUUUUCAGGUCACUAGGUCAAAGGUCAAGGUCACAGUGACUGGAAACAGUAAAAUGGUUUCCAGAUGAUAAUUAAAGAAUAAUAAGGCCUAUGAUCAUGAAACUUCAUAGGUACAUCGAUCAUGACUGGAAGAUGACCCCUAUUGAUUUUCAGGUCACUAGGUCAAAGGUCAAGGUCACAGUGACAAAAAACAUAUUCACACAAUGGAUUCCACUACAACUGACAGCCCAUAUGGGGGGCAUGCAUGUUUUACAAACAGCCCUUGUUUUCUAAUUGAAAUCAAGGUCAAUUUUACACAAGGGGGUUAACAAUACACAUUUUGAAUUGUCUCCCUUUAUCAGACAUUUUUUCAACUGAAAACCUGGUUUUGUGACAAUUUUGUCCCUUGUUUGAUUUUGUUUGAAGUUUGUCAUGUUAAUGAGCUUAUGUGUGUUUGUUUUUGUUUGAAGUUUGUCAUGUUAUUUUACCUUAUGUGUGUCUGUUUUCGCAACUUGGUGAUGAUUCUGGUCAUUAAAUAUUUUAAACUUGUAAAUAAAUAUUGAUUUCCUGUUUUGUAUUUAACCAUUUAAAAAAUGAUCAGAAGUUAAAAGUUUUCAUUAAGACCUUUGUGAAUAUAAUUUCCGGAUAACAAGAAAUGCGCAUUUCCCAUUGGUUAGAAAAGAUACAUUCGCUACAGCAGCCUUGACAUUUGUCAGCAACUGUGCACUUGUGUGUUGAUAAAGACAGAAAUUUGUAAAAUUUAUUGUGGCGGAAAAUUCUGUUUUCCGGGGUUGGAUGGGCAUGCCGACUUAUUUUAAAACAUAUAUCUCUUAAAGCUAACCUUAACGACAUUGACUUAAAACAUUUGCUCGGAUCGAUGCUGCGUUACUUGUAACAUUAGCAUUUUCUUUCGGGUAAAUGCCUACUUAUUCUAAAACAUAUAUCUCUUAAGACUUACCUUAAAGACAAUGACUUAACACAUUUGCACGAAUGGACUCUGCGCUACUGUGUACCAUCAGCGGGUCCUUUCGGGUAUGUCAAAGAAAGUAUAGCCUUAAGUUUAUAACAGCAAUACUGUAGGGUAAAAACUUUAUGUUUGAAGGUCCGUUUUUUAAAGUGUGUAACCGUUGGUCCGAGUUAUAGUGUGUAAAAAGUGUGAAAUCGCUGGUGUAGCGAUAGUUAUUGUUGACAUGAAAAGUUUGUUAAUCCUGUUCUUUGGUAUUGAUCUUGCGCUUAUUCCAUGUUAUUUUGUUGUCAUGACGAUUAAGAAAUUAAAACUUUAAAUAAAAAAAUAAUACGUG